GAUCUCUAGCACCAUUUCACAGUGAAGCGGACCUCAGUGAAAGCGGUUACACUACAUGCUAGCCUCAAUAAAGAAAAAGUUACGCAAAAUCUACCAGACAAGGACACGCACUAGAAACCCCAUCUUCCUCAGCACCACCUGGAAUGACUGAAGCUUCACCCAGACCAGACCUGAUAAGACACGUGUCCAAAAUAACGUCGGUUUUGACCCCAGAUAUGAUGGGAUAGAUCACUACGGUAAAUAUAUCACCUGCUGAGUAAUAUUUCCAGACACAAGAGCACACAGUACGGGGAAAAAUCACUGACGUGAAGGAUUCAUGCUUUACCUAUGGAACGCAGUGUUGCCUUCAUACAGAGAAAACAUUCAGCGCGUGUGCACACACACACACACACACACACACCCUUCCAUUUCACUCCUAUUCCGCUUCUGUUGCUUGGGGAACCAUUAAAUUGUAAUUGAGUUCUGAGCUCGAGCCCCAAUAAUAUAACACACCGCUCGAGCUCGUGUCUUUUUGUCCUCCCGCGGUUGAACGUAUUUCCGUUAGUAAAGUUUUUUUUUUUUUUUUUGAGAGCGAGAGAGACUGAGCGCGAGGAGUGUUUAAUAGCGCCCUGUAGGUGUGUAUGCGCGCGCGCGUUUGUGCCAGUGCUACAUGAUAGCUGUAGCUUACGCAGGCCGAUAUUACACGCGCGCGCACCUCUCUUCCCGCAAUCUGUAACAGAAGCUCUCCGCUCUGUAUGUAAAUGCCAAGCGACGAAAAGGGGAGGAGCACCGGUAUAUCCAAGCGCGCUGCGCGCGAGACUCGACUCUCGACUCGACACCCACCUGUCUGUGGAUGGGAUUUGGACCAGCGCGCGAGACACUCAGCAAGCGGGGUCGUGGGAACAGCGCGAGCAAGUGACUUUUCAGCAAACUUCGGUAGAGCAGAGCGCUGCUCGAGCACGCGAGACAUAGAAGAAGCGCACGAGCUGGAAACUUGACGAAAUGUAACGGAUUCGGGUUGGUUUAUUUGAGGUGUGUGUGUGUGUGUGUGUGUGUGGAGGCAUGGCGGAGAGAGCGCGCGUCUGAAUGAACGGAGUUGUCCGACAUGCCCGAGGAUGUUGCGCUCAUUAGGAACAGGACAGGAGCGACGCAGGGUCACGCGUGGGGCGCCGAGGUGUUGCCCGGAGAUGGAGGCGGCGGCGGCGGCGCGCGACCGGGACCGACAUGGCAAGUGGCUGUGCUCGCGAGUGUGUUGAUCUUCACGAGCGUGGUGGACGUGUUGGGAAACACGCUGGUCAUUGUGUCCGUGCUCAGGAACCGAAAACUGAGGAACGCAGGUAAUGCAUUUGUGGUGAGCCUGGCAUUGGCAGAUCUAUUGGUGGUGUGUUACCCGUACCCGCUGGUCCUUCACGCACUGCUGCACUCCGGCUGGCUGCCUGGUGAGACUGAGUGUAAAGUUAGUGGCUUUCUUAUGGGUGCCAGCGUCAUUGGCUCUGUCUUCAACAUCACAGCUAUUGCCCUCAACCGCUACUGCUUCAUCUGCCAUGCCCACACUUACGCCAAAGUGUAUGGCCGAGGUGGCACGCUGGCUCUAAUCACACUUGUGUGGGCUCUAACGGGCAUCGCCAUACUACCCAAUCUCGCACUGGGGUCACUGACGUAUGAUCCUCGCGUGUAUUCUUGCACUUUUAGCCAAACUGCGAGUGCCGGUUACACCUUCGCCGUGGUGUUCGUUCACUUCCUGUUUCCAAUUGCCAUCGUAGCAUUCUGCUAUGCACGAAUCUGGAUGCUAGUGCUGAGCGUGAGACGGCGAGUGGCUAGCGACACGAGGCCACGCCUCCGGCCGAGUGAGUUCCGCCAUUUCCUCACCAUGUUCGUCGUCUUUGUGCUAUUCGCCGUCUGCUGGGCACCGCUCAAUCUGAUUGGCCUAGCCGUUGCCAUGGAUCCACCCAAAGUGGCACCACUGGUUCCCGAUUGGCUCUUCGUUGUCAGCUAUUUUAUGGCGUAUUUCAACUCGUGCCUCAACGCCGUUGUAUACGGGCUGCUCAAUCAGAACUUCAGGCGCGAGUAUCGGUGCAUCCUGAUGUCACUCUGCAAGCCCCGCCUCUUUCUGCAGGAUACAUCGAGGGGUGGAACAGAGCGAAGCAACAAGCAAUCGCAGGGUAACAACAACAACGAUCAGGCAAAAGCCCAGACUAUUUAACGAUCCAGGAAUAUCAGUACAAUUAUGGAUACACGUUAGCAAUACAGCAUAAGACAUU